CCGUAAUAUCAAAUUCAUAGCGAUUUGUUGUCACCCAGAAUGAUUUAAAUCAUUUGGAACCCGAUUGGUUCGAACGUCUGUAUCUGACUGAUGUCCAACUUAAUUCUGUGCAACUACCCCUAUACCGUGGCCACUAACAGAACACCCUUGGUCCCAAAUUCAUAUUGAUUUUGCUGGUCCUAUAAAUGGUGUAUCUUAUUUAGUGGUGGUAGAUGCUUUCUCUAAAUGGACAGAAGUUAUACCAAUCGUUUCACCGACAACUUCGCAGACUCUCAUAGCUCUGAAUGAUGUAUUCCUCCCACCAUGGUCUACCAGAAACCAUAGUUACAGACGACGGUUCACAGUUUACGUCUCAUCGAAUUCAGCAGUACUGUAGUCAAAAUGCUAUCAAGCACAUGUUCUCACCCCCGUAUCAUCCUCAAUCAAACGGUCAAGCAGAACGUUUUGUUGAUACCUUGAAGGAAGCUCUGCUCGAAGCAGAGGGAGAGGGAACACCAUUUGACGUCAUCCAAAAAGUUUUGAUGGUAUAUCGCACAACGGCAAAUGAGUCAACACCGAACAAACAAUCGCCAGCAGAGGUUCUUUAUGAACGCAAACUAAGGACGAUUUACAGCUUCAUGUUACCACCGGCACCCAGACGUGACGACGCAUCACUUAGAAAUAAAAGAAAAUUUGAUGUUGGUGACGCUGUCUAUGCCCGCGACAAUCGAGCAGGGCAUUAACUUUGGAAUAAAG